CCCUGCCGUCUGUUCACCUUUCAGCUGCCUGCCUGGCCUUACUGCCCCUGUGUAAGCUGACAGCGCCCACUUUUGUGUCAGCCUUCCCGAGUUUCCUUAGCACACUUGCACUACUAGCUGUUCUGAAACUGCCAUGACUCUCCUUUGCUUGUAUUUUUCGUACUGUUUGCCCUGGAAAUAAUCCUCCUGCUCCUCUUGUUUCUGCUGUCCCACAGACUGUUAGAACAUGGUAAUUAACUCCCAUCAAAUACAAGAAUAAGGCUCACUACUGUGUGUUAGUUAGUGGCUGGAUACUGUCACACACAAGAGAAGGAAAGGGGACAGGUUUUUCUUCUUCAUGGUAAUUGUGGAGGAAACAGACUGGCACAGGGAGCUCCAGGUUAAACCACAGCACGUGGGAAUGCUUGUUUGGUAGCCAAAGAGCAAGCCACAGUUAGUGCUGAGGUAAAGGUCAUUGGAGAUGUGGGUCUAUAGGAAAGCAGUUAAAAUCAUGGCACUGAAACAGGUUUCCAGCAACAAAUGCUUUGAAGGUUUCCAGAAGGUGUUUGAACAUGACAGUGCAGAGCUAAAAUGCAAAAUGAAAUUUGGAAUCUACUUGCCUCCAAAAGCAGAAACUGGGAAGUGUCCUGUGCUGUACUGGCUCUCAGGGUUGACCUGCACAGAACAGAAUUUUAUAACAAAAGCUGCAUUUCAACAAGCAGCAGCUGAGCAUGGCCUUAUUGUAGUGGCACCAGACACGAGCCCACGUGGCUGCAAUAUUGAAGGAGAAGAUGAAAGCUGGGAUUUUGGCACUGGUGCUGGUUUUUAUGUGGAUGCCACUGAAGAUCCUUGGAAAACAAACUACAGGAUGUAUUCCUACAUAAAGGAUGAGCUGCCUAAACUAAUAAAUGCCAAUUUUCCAACUGACCCUGAGCGGAUGUCUAUUUUUGGGCAUUCCAUGGGAGGUCAUGGAGCUCUUAUUCUUGCUCUGAAGAAUCCUGGGAAGUUCAAAUCUGUGUCAGCAUUUGCUCCGAUCUGCAACCCAAUUCAGUGUCAGUGGGGGAAGAAAGCCCUUGGUGGAUACCUGGGACCAGAUGCAAGCAAAUGGGAGGCAUAUGAUGCUACACAGCUUGUGAAGUCCUACUCGGGGCCUCGCCUUGACAUCUUGAUUGACCAAGGCAAGGAUGACCAGUUCCUGUCUGCGGGCCAGUUACUGCCUGAUAACUUCAUUGCUGCCUGCACCGAGGCCAAAAUCCCAGUCAUCUUCAGACUGCAGCAGGGUUACGAUCACAGCUAUUUUUUCAUUGCUUCAUUUAUUAAUGACCACAUCAAACACCAUGCAAAAUACCUCAAUGCUUGAACCAUUUGGAUGGGAGUGCUGCCUGGCCAAUAUGAAUCUAGAGAUAGUGGUGAACUAAACAAAAAUCAUUUGCUGAAAUAAUGUUUGUAAAACUGAGCUCUUCUGAUUGUACUUCUAAGAAAAAUAAAAGUCCCACUUAAUUUGA